AUGAGCUGGUUGCUCUCUUUACAAGAAAGAGUGAUAUGGAAAACAGAGGCAAGGUCAGGCAGCGCUGCACGUCAGCAUACACCAUUCCAAACUAACAGAUGUUCUCAGAAUAAUACUUUCCGCACCACAUUGCGCAUAUAUACAACCAACUCGUCUGGACACUUGCGCAGGAAACUGCCAGUGAGAUACGCCAAUAAAGACCGUAAAGCACAGUACAAGAGAUCAUUCGUGCAUUCUCUCUUAGGCAAGUUCAAGCAGCGCUGCACGUUAGCAUACACCUUCCGAGCCAACGGAUGUUUUCUAGAUCAACGGUUUCCACACCGCAUCGCACAUAAUCACAACCAACUCGUCUGGACACUUGCGCAGGAAGCUGCCAGUAUAUAUGCUGCAAAGACUGACGGAGAUAUAUUGAGAGAUACUCUCAAAGUAGAAAUAGAAGAUAAACAGAGAGAGAUGCAGAGAGAGAUGCAAAGAGAGAGAUAUACAGAGAGAUGGAGAGUAUCUGUUCAUUUCCCCUCGAAAGAAAUAUAUGAAUUUUUUGAUAUUACUCUUACGAGUAAUGGCAAUUCCACCGAUUAA